AUGACGUCACAGGAAGGGGCGGGGCUUCGGAGACGACGUCAUGGGGAUGAAUACUUUGUGGAAAUGAUGUCACAGGAAGGGGGACAUGCCCUUCAGGCCCCCGCGUGUCACGAGAACAUGGUGAAGGUCGGGGGCUACAUCCUGGGCGAGUUCGGGAACCUCAUCGCGGGGGAUCCCCGCUCCAGCCCCCCGGUGCAGUUCUCCCUGCUGCACUCCAAGUUCCACCUGUGCAGCGUGGCCACGAGGGCGCUGCUGCUGUCCACCUACAUCAAAUUCAUCAACCUGUUCCCCGAGACCAAGGCCACCAUCCAGGCGGUGCUGCGGGCCGGCUCCCAGCUGCGCAAUGCCGACGUGGAGCUGCAGCAGCGGGCCGUGGAGUACCUGACCCUCAGCUCCAUCGCCAGCACCGACGUCCUGGCCACGGUGCUGGAGGAGAUGCCCCCCUUCCCGGAGAGGGAGUCGUCCAUCCUCGCCAAGCUCAAACGGAAGAAGGGCCCCGGGGCCGCCGGCACCCUGGACGAUGGGCGCAGGGAGCCCGGGCCCGGAGGCGAUGUGAAUGGGGGCGUGGAGCCAGCCCCCAGCUCUGGGUCCACACCCUCGCCCUCUGCCGACCUCCUGGGGCUGCGGGCGGCCCCUGCCCCCACGGCCACCCCGGCUCCCACGGGUGCCGGCAGCCUUCUGGUGGACGUGUUCUCAGACAGCCCCAUGGGGGGCCCACCCAGCCUGGGGCCCACCCCCGAGGAGGCCUUUCUCAGCACAGCAGCCGAGGACCCCGGUGUCCCCAUCCCUGAGGCCGAUGAGCUUCUGAAUAAGUUUGUGUGCAAGAACAACGGGGUCCUCUUCGAGAACGCUUUGCUGCAGAUCGGGGUCAAGUCUGAGUUCAGGCAGAACCUGGGCCGCAUGUAUCUCUUCUAUGGGAACAAGACCUCGGUCCAGUUCCAGAACUUCUGCCCCACCGUCAGUCAUCCUGGAGACCUCCAGACUCAGCUGGUGGUACAGACCAAGCGGGUGCCAGGGCAGGUGGAUGGGGGUGCCCAGGUGCAGCAGGUCCUCAACAUUGAGUGUCUGAGGGACUUCCUCACACCCCCACUGCUGACUGUGCGUUUCCGGUAUGGGGGUGCUCCUCAGGCCCUCACCCUCAAGCUGCCGGUGACCAUUAACAAGUUUUUCCAGCCCACUGAGAUGGCUGCCCAGGAUUUCUUCCAGCGUUGGAAGCAGCUGAGUCUCCCCCAGCAGGAGGCCCAGAAGAUCUUCCAGGCCAAUCACCCCAUGGAUUCAGAGGUGACCAAGGCCAAGCUCCUAGGCUUUGGCUCGGCCCUGCUGGACAACGUGGACCCCAACCCCGAGAACUACGUGGGCGCCGGCAUCGUGCAGACCAAGGCCCUGCAGGUGGGCUGCCUGCUGCGGCUGGAGCCCAACGCUCAGGCCCAGAUGUACCGCCUGACUCUCCGCACCAGCAAGGAGAGCGUGUCUCGCCACCUGUGUGAGCUGUUGGCCGAGCAGUUCUGACCUUGCGCCGGGUGCGCCCAGGGCAGAUCCGGCCUCCUGCUGGGGGGCCGCCCUGCCCUUUUGUAUCUAUUUUUUCAUCUGCUGCUGUUUACAGUGUCGGGGCUCCUUCCUGAAGCCCAGAGGGGAGGGCCCAGGCCGCCCCCUCCUCUGCCCUGCCCCCAGCCCGCCGUGUAUCCACGUGAUCGAAUAAAGACGUGAGACGCUGG